AUGCCGUUGCUGGAUAUAAAUAACCCGGCGGUAAUAAUAUUUCUACUAGAAAACUACGAGAAGGAAAAUCGUUUACGGCUCAAUUGGAUUCAUAAGCAUCGCGAGCAGAUCCAACAAGCAGCGACCCUAUCUCGUGAACCAACAAAUUAUUUUGAAACAGAUGUGAUCGCUCACGAUAUGAUUGGAGGUACGGCCACAAUAACUCGCGAUCAUGUUGUUGCCGGAUAUAACAGGAGGAAGGUACCCAUACGCGAUGGAACAUUCAUUCCAGGCGUGAAACAUCUACGACACGGCCACUCGAUAGUUGAUGUUGGCCUUGGUGAUCCCAAAGAAGACCCGCGCUUGGUACGACCCGAUACCGAACUCUCCAGUGAUCCGAUUAUGCGUCCUGUAGAGCCUGAAUUAAGGGAAAUAAUCUAUAAAGACAAACCCGAGUUCGGUAGGAAGCAGUAUUUGGUGAAGAGAUCUAAAAUACGCCCUGAGAAUAAGUACUAUUUCGCUGAAACCGGUGGCAAUGUGUAUGGAUGGCGGAUGAAGGAUAGUCAGUUACACCAAAAGCCUUUGUUUGGCCGGUGCUGGCACCUGACUAGAACCUUACGCACCCGUGUAGGACCUCAGCCAGACCCACCUCACUACAAGUCCUCUGAACCUCCAGGCCCCAGUAGUUGCUUAGGAAUUUGA